AUGAUCGCAGAAGCAAUUGCGAUCCGAUCUGCCUUAAACCACGCACUGGAAUUGGGAAUCACCUCACUCCACAUCAAAAGUGACGCUCAGGAUCUCAUCCGAGCUAUUAACUCGCAGGAGCAAAUCAAAGAGAUCUAUGGGAUCCUCUUCGUUGUGCACAAUCUUGCCUCAAUGUUCUUCUUCAUCUCUUUCAAUGUUAUCCCCAUAUCGGAAAACAAUUUGGCCGAUACAAUUGCCAAGAAUGCGAGAAGACAGCUUGCAUAUAAUAAAACAGGAACAAGCUUAAGGAUGAACACGUAUAACAUGGUUAAGCAAGAAUUUAUCAAGAAUUGGAUAACUACUCUCAACAUGUUAGAUUCUUCUGUUGAACAUCCAACGAGCGUUACGGAGAGGAAAGACGCGAUAAGACUAUCAUCGGACAUAGCUAUCGCAGAAGUUAGAAGCGGCGCAACCAUAUGGAGCCGCGCUCUCAUCUCUAGGACCGGAAACAAGACAACCAACAAACCUGUGGCUCGUCGAAUACUAAAAAAAGCUCGAAAUCGGAUCAAGAAUCGUUGCACUACUCUUAGACGAAAUGGUAAUUUCACGGCGAAAUUUGGGGUGAGAAAACGUACGGAGUUGCUCAAGACUCUAGUACCGGGAGGCAAGUUAAUAGAGGACAACGAGUAUUUGAUAAGAGAGACACUUGAUUACAUUGUCCAUCUCCGAGCGCAAGUGGACGUUAUGCGAGCUGUCGCAGCCGUUGAUUCAGUCGCCGUAGACAUACCGAAAGACCGUAGGAACAUAUAA